AUUGUAACAUGUAAACAACAAUGUCUGCGCCCUUUGAUGUCCAGUAUUAUUGGAUGUAACUCGGUCUCAUCAAAUUAUCUAUAAUUUAUAAUGUUCAGGAAAUUAAGUCGAUUAGCAUGCGAACUCCCGCGUGUGCGUAUGAAGUUUUUCCAACUGAAACGUUCUUUGUCGCCAUUGAAAAGGACACUGGUUACGUCUGCAGUUUUGUGUGCAACCCCAGUUGUCUUGGAGACUUUUGAACCCAAUGACCCUCGCCUGAAGACCCCAGAAUGCCUGAAGAACGCGGCCGGGAUGGCAGUGGACUCGUCGUCAGCUGUCUUGUCUCAGACUGUUUAUGCCAUCUUCAGGAUUGAGGAAGAAUACAAGGAUCUGAUGGAUCUGAUGGUCAAGUUGAUAGAGUACCAGCUGCAGGUGGUGGGCCACAAGGCCGAGGAGGAGAGGAUGGCCGACAUCAUUCUGGAGACCCGCCUCGAGAUAGACAAAGUCAAACGGAGGAAACAGGAUUUGGAACUUCUCUUCGCGAGUGCUGAAAAGUUGGCGGACGCUACUGCUGAAGUUGCCUUUGCCACAGGCAUGGAGUUUGCGUCCACAAGCAUGGGAGAACGGCUGUACAACACGCAGAGAGAAGUGAAGAGAGUCCAGGAGAAGACGGAAGAGCUGGAGCAGAGGUUACAACAAGUGCAGCUCAAGGUGAUCGAGGUUAUGGGGCAGCUGGAGGAAAAGGAGAAGAAAAAACAAAAACAGAGCUUGUCGGAAGGAGGGGAAGUCCUUGGGGACGCGGGGAGUGACGCGGGAGUUGAGGAGGGGGAGGAGGAGAGAGAGGAUGAGGAUGGACUCCUUGAGGAAGGAAAUGUAUAGAGUUAUAGACGUCUGACAGAAAUUGUUGUCUUUUUGUUUUGUUACAGCAGAGAGAGAGAUGCGAGAGUUGAGGAGGGGGAGGGAGAGGACGUGGGAAGGACUCCGUGAGGAAGAACAUGUAUAGUAGAGGUCUGGCAGAAAUUGUUGUCUUUUUGUUUUGUUACAGCAGAGAGAGAGAGACGCGAGAGUUGAGGAGGGGGAGGGAGAGGACGUGGGAAGGACUCCGUGAGGAAGAACAUGUAUAGUAGAGGUCUGGCAGAAAUUGUUGUCUUUUUGUUUUGUUACAGCAGAGAGAGAGAUGCGAGAGUUGAGGAGGGGGAGGGAGAGGACGUGGGAAGGACUCCGUGAGGAAGAACAUGUAUAGUAGAGGUCUGGCAGAAAUUGUUGUCUUUUUGUUUUGUUACAGCAGAGAGAGAUGCGAGAGUUGAGGAGGGGGAGGGAGAGGACGUGGGAAGGACUCCGUGAGGAAGAACAUGUAUAGUAGUAGUAGAGGUCUGGCAGAAAUUGUUGUCUUUUUGUUUUGUUACAGCAUGUGUUGUUUUGAAAAGAUGGUGGUAACUUCUCCUUUGAGAGGAUUUGUUGAAAGUGGUAUCGUCUUUUUGAAGCACAGUGUAUGAAAUUGCAAUUUGCCUUGUGUUAUGUUAUAUUUGCAGAGAUUUAUUAUAAAAAAUGUGAUGAUGAAUAAAGAUACAUAACAAUAUGAC